AUGCCAUCUCAGUUCGGAGUAGUCGGUGUUCACGACGGGACAACCGUCACCAUUACCCCCAGCCAAGACGUUGAAUUCGGAAGUCAAAACUAUCGCACAGGGCAGCCGUUCUCUGCGAGACUGGACCGGUUUGAGACACUUCAGGUACAGGCGACUGAGGACCUGACCGGUUCAAAGAUCACGGCUGACCAGCCAGUGGCCGUGCUGAGCGGAAAUGUGUUCGCUUACUGCAAGCCUAUGGACGAGCAUCAGUCAGGGACCGGAGACCACCUGGUGCAGAUGAUCCCACCUGUGGACACCUGGGGGAAGGAGUUCGUCACCGUGCCGCUGACCAAACACAGAAGAGGUGACCUCUUCCGUGUCAUUGCUGCCAGAGACAAUACGCAGGUCGUCGUUACCAACGAGAACACGAAGACUCUGAACGCUGGGGAAUUCUGGGAGAUUGAUAUUCCAUCUGACGAGUACAGACACGUGACCAGCAGCGAGCCUGUCUUGUUGGUGCAGUACAGUAAGACCGGCGCGGUUGACAGCACGGCAACUGACCCGUUCAUGAUGAUCAUCCCUUCUGUGGCCCAGUUCGAGGCAGAGUACGCGUUUUCUACAGUUGACCUUCUUUCUGACCCCUCAAGAACAACUCAUCACAUCAACCUUGUCACCAGGUAA